AUGGCCGGGAAAUUUGAGCCCAAGGUUCCUGUUCAACUGAACCCCCCGAAGGAUGACCCCAUUUCCCUCGAGGAAUUGGCUAAGGCGAACGGCGAGGAUGGCGAGAAGUGCUACGUCGCUAUCAAGGGCAUCGUCUACGAUGUAACAGGUAACAAGGCCUACCAGCCGGGUGGCGCCUACCACGUAUUCGCCGGCAAAGACGCCUCGCGCGCCCUAGGCAAGACGUCGACCAAGCCCGAGGAUGUGAGUGCCGACUGGCAGGACCUCCCCGACAAGGAGAAGGGUGUGCUCAACGACUGGGUGACCUUCUUCUCGAAGCGGUACAACGUGGUGGGCAAGGUUGAGGGCGCGACGAACUUUGAAGAGUAG